AUGCUUUGCGACAUUAUGUACUCUGACGAGUACAAGCAGGUGAUGGACAAGCUACGGACCUUUCUCGAGCAAAAGACAUACAACGAGGAGGCACUUGCAUUGACCGAAUCAGCCUUGGAGCUUCUAGCUGCUCACUACACAACGUGGCAGUACAGAUUCACCAUCGUCAAGGAAAUAAAAAGAGACUUGUUUGAGGAACUUGACUGGUGUGAGCUCAUUGCGUUGGAAAACGAGAAGAACUACCAAAUCUGGCACUACCGCCAGUUGAUCAUCGAGGAGAUCUUGAAGGACGAGGAAUUGGCAAAGAAGUUCAACUUCCACAGAGAAUACCCUAUAUUAAGCGCAAUGCUUCAAGAAGACAGCAAGAACCAUCACGUGUGGUCGUACAGAAAGUGGUUUGUGGAGCGUUUUCUGCUUCAUGAGGCUUUGGAGGAGAAUGCCUUUGUGGAAAGCAUGCUAGAGACAGAUUUGCGGAACAACAGUGCCUGGACCCACCGGUUUUAUCUUAAGUUUGGCCAUGACGACUGGAAGAAAAACGUCGAGCUGGAAAUCGCCUAUGCCAAGCUGAAGAUCGAGAUAUGUCCCAGAACCCUUCGAGGUGACAUUGAGGAAUUGAGGUCUUUUUGCGAACCAUUGGCCGACACAAGUGCCAAAGAAAUCAGAAGCUCUUUUGCCUUGGAAGCGUUGGCUGACAUUGAUAAGGCAGCUGGAAACAAGGAGGCAGCUGCAGAAGCGUACCGUUUAUUGGCUGAGGUAUACGAUCCAAUCAGGAAGAACUACUGGACAUAUGUCCAGAAGACGCUUUAA